UUUUGGGCUGCCUUUACACACAAUUUACUAUAAAAUCCAGUAAAUCUAUACAUGUUUCGCAUGAGUGAGUUUCCCUGGACUUCAUAGAAAUGGAUUGUUUGUCGGUUGCUCAUGAUUAGAAAACCUUCAUAAUUCAAGCUAUAACUUGUAGGCCUAUGUCUUGAACUACGUUUGUAUGCCGUAAAAUGACCUCUGCAUGCAAAGUUGCCAUAGUUCCGGCAAACGGUUGCUAUGAUGUUUAUAAUUGCUUUUGGUACGGCUGGCUACACAAACAGUUGACUCAAAGCCACGUUCACUGCGUUCUACGUUCCAUGCCGGAACCAGACAUUGCCAGAGAAUCGAUUUGGAUUCCUUUCAUGCGCAAUGACCUCGAGUGCGACGAGCAGACGAUAAUCGUCGGUCACGUUUUAGGAGCGGAAGCGGCCAUGCGAUUCGCCGAGAAGUACAAGGUCAAGGGCAUUGUGCUGGUGUCAGCGUGCGUCACGGACUUGGGCAUCGCAAGAGAGCGCGAGAGCGGUUACUUCGACAGACCCUGGAAGUGGGUGAAAAUAAAAUCGAACACCGAUUUUGUGAUGCAGUUUGGCUCCAAGAACGACCCCAUCAUUCCCUGGAAGGAACAGGAACGUAUUGCCGACGCCCUGAACGUUGACCUGCAUAUCUUUAAGCGAGGUCAUUUUAUGACCUCCACAUUUCCAGAACUUCUGGAAUUAAUUAUUUCAAAGGUAAAAAUCAGUUGAUUCGUAGAAUAACGGGUAAUCAAAUGUAAAUCUACAAUUUUAACAGAUAAAAAAAAAAAAGAAGAGACACCAAAGAUAUGAA